AUGCAAUCGACUCCUAACAAUGUUUAUUAUCGAACACACGGCGAAUACGAUUUAGUUAUGAGUAAUAAAUAUCAACUUCAUGAUUCCGGUAUCGUCGAUGAAGGUCUUUCGGAUGAAACGGGUUCGAUCGGAGAAGAUUUUAAUAAUCAGUCAAAUGAAAACGAUGGUCCAAAGAAACCAAGUCAAUCCUAUUUGGAAAUUAUCGCUGAAGCGAUCUUGAAGUCACCGAAUCGAAUGAUGCAAUUGUAUGAAAUCUACGAUUAUUUUCAACGAAAAUAUCGAUAUUUCGCUGAAGAUGUGAAUAAAUCUUGGAGAAAUAGUGUUCGACACAACUUAUCAUUAAACGAAUGUUUUGUGAAGGCUGGCCGUGGAAAUAAUGGCAAAGGUCAUUUUUGGCGUAUUCAUGAGUUAGCGGAAGUUGAAUUUGAACAAGGCCGUUUUCGUCGACGUCGUUAUCGUCAACAAAUACGACAACUACAAAUGCAAUCUCCACCAGUGCACCAAUCGCCUUACACGUCACAUCAACCACUUCCCAAUUACUAUCAGUCUCCUCCGCAUCCGUAUUACAUGUGUUCUCCACCUCCUCCACCAUCAUCCUAUCAUGCAAUGUAUUCGACACCAAACACGUCCGUAGAUUCGCAUUCAAUGAGUUCCUCAACACCGAAUCCAUAUCCACUGUAUGAUCCAUAUCAAACAUCUUAUUAUCCGACGGCGUAUCAUUCGAUGACUUCGUCUUAUUCAAGUCCAAAUCAAUCCGCUAGUUAUGAAACAGAAUGA